CCUGUUUGGCCUGUAGUCUUUCAGGCGCUUAUGAUGCGCUGAGAGGUUGUCCGCUGCCCUGCGCUUCAACACAACACUUUAAUAUAAGUAAUAUCAGCUUCAGGAGCUUAUGUUACACCUUCAGCUGAAGACAAGAUCCACCCUGAGGUUUCCCUGCGUGGAGUCCCCACAGAGUGACUACGAGCGCUGAUGUAGCCGUGUUGGGUCAGUCACCGUGCUCUCCCUCUACCUCCACUCCCCCAGUGCCUCACUGCAAGACCUCAGACGACAGGCGGAUCCACGAGGGGACAGAGUCUCCUUUCCUCGCCCCGGGACCCCCUUCACCAAAGUCUCCUCCUCUCCUCUUUCAGAAGAAGUUCUCUCACAGGAGUUAAACACCUCCACUCGGGCCAGUGGAGGUGUUGAAGAACCACCACCCUCCCCCUCAUUUUCCCCUUCGUGAAUCUUCAAGAACAUUUUUCUCCUGGUUGGUUUGAGUCCGGUUCUGCCGGCCGUGUGACUUUUCAAAACUGGGGCGCGAUUCAUGGGAUGCAACCAUGUCGGAUCUCAGUGAGCGCAGGCCGGUCAACACGGACUACGCUGUCUCCCUGCUGGAGCAGCUCAAGUUCUUUUAUGAACAGAAAUUACUGACUGACGUUGUGCUGCUGGUGGAGGACACGGAGUUCCCGUGUCACAAGAUGGUCCUGGCCACAUGUAGCUCCUAUUUCAGGGCGAUGUUCAUGAGCGGCCUCAGCGAGAGCAAACAGACCCACGUCCACCUGAGGAACGUGGACCCGGCCACCCUGCAGAUCAUCAUCACGUACGCCUACACGGGGAACCUGGCCAUCAGCGACAGCACGGUGGAGCCGCUCUACGAGACCGCCUGCUUCCUCCAGGUGGAGGACGUGUUGUUGCAGUGCAGAGACUACCUGGUCAAGAAGAUCAACGCCGAGAACUGCGUCCGCAUGCUGAGCAUCGGUGACCUGUUCAGCUGUAGCGAGCUCAAGCAGAGCGCCAAGCGGAUGGUGGAGCACAAGUUCCCGGUGGUGUACCGGCAGGAGGCGUUCCUGCAGCUCUCCCACGAGCUGCUGAUCGACGUCCUGAGCAGCGACAACCUCAACGUGGAGAAGGAGGAGACGGUGCGGGAGGCCGCCAUGCUGUGGUUGGAGUACAACAUGGAGGCUCGCUCUCAGCACCUGUCCUCGGUGCUCAGUCAGAUCCGCAUCGACGCGCUCUCCGAGGUGACGCAGCGCGCCUGGUUUCAGGGUCUGCCUCCCAACGACAAGUCCGUGGUGGUGCAGGGUCUCUACAAGUCCAUGCCCAAGUUCUUCAAACCUCGGUUAGGCAUGACGAAGGAGGAGAUGCUGAUCUUCAUGGAGGCCUCGUCGGAGACGCAGGGCGAGGGGUACGUCAUGUCCGUGUCCGUGCCCACCACCGUAGUCUGUUACAGCCCGCAGGCGGAGAAGGUCUACAAGCUCAGCAACCCCCCAGGAGACCUGCAGAAGGUGGGGACCCUCGUUACACCGGACAACGACGUGUUCAUCGCCGGAGGUCAGAUCCCGCUUAAAAACUCAAUCACCAACCACGGCAAGAGCGGGAAGUUCCAGGCCAUGUUCCGCUCCGUGGAUAGUUUCUUCUGGUUCGACGCCCAGCAGAACGCCUGGGUGCCUAAGACCCCCAUGCUGUGCGCCCGCAUCAAGCCCUCCCUGGUCUACUGCGAGGGCUACAUCUAUGCAAUCGGGGGCGACAACGUGGGCGGCGAGCUGAACAAGCGCACGGUGGAGCGCUACGACUGCGAGAAGGACGAGUGGAGCAUGAUGAGCCCGCUGCCCUUCGCCUGGAACUGGAGCACGUCGGUGGUGGCGCACGACUGCAUCUACGUCAUGACCCACGACCUGAUGUACUGCUACUUCCCGCGCGCCGACACCUGGGUGGAGAUGGCCAUGCGCAAAACCAGCCGCUGCUUCGCCUCCGCCGCCGCCUUCGGCGACCUCAUCUUCUACAUCGGCGGCCUCCACGUGGUCAGCAACUCGGGCAUCCGCCUUCCCACCAGCACCAUCGACGGCUCCUCCGUCACCGUGGAGAUCUACGAUGUCAACAAGAACGAGUGGCGCCUCGCCGCCAACAUCCCCGCCAAGCGCUACUCGGACCCGUGCGUGCGGGCGGUGGUGCUGCUGAACUCGCUCUGUAUUUUCAUGCGCGAGACGCACAUGAACGAGCGCGCCAAGUACGCCAUCUAUCAGUACGACCUGGAGCUGGACCGCUGGUACCUGCGGCAGCCCGUGUCGGAGCGCGUGCUCUGGGAUCUGGGUAAGGACUUCCGCUGUGCCGUGGGGAAGCUGUACCCCUCCUGUUUAGAGGAGUCCCCCUGGAAACCCCCGACCUACCUCUUCUCCCCCGACGGAGCCGAGGAGUUCGAGGUGGACGGGGAGCUGGUGACCCUCCCUCACGUAUAGCUCUUAUUACCCCCCCCCCCCCCCCCCCUCCUCCCCUACCUCGCUGACUGAAGCUGAGGGAUGAACAUGAAGGGGGGGCGGAUCAGAUCAGAUCAGAUCUCUGGAAAGGGUUUGAUGGAUUGUGUUGUGGAGGUCUCUGGACUUCGGAGGUCUCUGGACUUCGGAGGUCUCUGGACUUCGGAGGCCUGCGUUUCGAUGCAGCCGGAAGCUCGGAGGGAAAAAAAGAUGCGCCUCAAAAAUCCUCGUACCCUGACAAACUUCAGUUUUCAGUUCUUUUCUCUUUUUAUUUGGUGACAUCUGUUUCCAUAUUAUUACACGUCUGUCAUACUGUUUCUACAAUGUGAUGAUCAGAGCUUUGUGAUGAUGAGGAGGAGGACGAGGAGGAGGAGGAGGAGGGUGAUGAUGAUGAUGCACUUAACUGCUAAACCUUCUAGGAAUGACAAUAGCAACUGUACCAAAAUCUCCCAGCCCCCCUUCAAACCCAUCAUGGCUUCCCUCUCUCCCCUCCUCCUCCUCCUCCUCUCAUAUCUCUUUGUUUUCUUCUCUUAAAGGAACAGACCGCUCAAAAUCUGUCAUUAGAGGAUCACACAUAGUGAUAGGAGGCGUCUUUUAAAGGGACAGCAGCGUUAUUCAUUAAAUUCAGAUUGUAACGUCUGCUUCAUGAUCUGACAUCCUUCAUCUACUGACACUUACGGAUCAUUAAAGGUCCAAAAAUCAACUUUGUAGCAGGAGUUUGAUGUUUUAGAGAAGAGUUGAGUGCUGAAACACGAGACAGGGAUUUGUUUAAAGAGCCUGAACGUGAUCAUGUCUCAGAGAUCCAGUUUUUCUGUCUUUACAAGGUCAGGAAAUUCGUAAAACCGGGUCUCCAUCGUCCUUACAUCCUAAAAUACGCUUUGUGGAUCAAACUCUCAGUCCAAAGUCCAAAAAGACUCAAACUAAAAAUGAUAUUUUAAAGAAAGUCACAUUUAAGAUGCAGAAACUGGAGUUUAUUUUCACUCCUGUGCUUGAAUAAUCGCCCGAUUUGAUGCUGGAGUAAGUCGCCCUGUAGUAGAAACACGAGACAGGGAUUUGUUUAGGAGCCUUAACGUGAUCAUGUCCUACAAGAAGAAACUAUAAAGACAAUAUUCUGAGGAUUCUAUGAUCCAUCAACCAUUUUUUCUGUCUUUACAAGGUCAGGGAAAUGCUCAAACUGAGUCUCCAUCAUUUUAUUAAAGUGGAAAAAAAUGGAUCAGCUAAGCUAGAAGCACGCUUUGUCGAUCCACCUCUCAGUGCAAGUCCAAAAAGACUCAAAUUAAAAAUGAUAUUUGAAGAAAAAAUCACAUUUAAGAAGCAGAAACUGGAGUUUAUUUGACUCCUCUGCUUGAAUAAUCACAUGACUUGAAGUAGUUGGACCAAGUCACCCUGUAGUAGAAACACUAGACAGGGAUUUGUUUAAGAGCCUAAACGUGAUCAUGUCCUACAAGAAGAAGGAUUCUAUCAUCCAUCAACAUGUUUUUCUGUCUUUACAAGGUCAAGAAAUGCUCAAACUGAGUCUCCAUCAUCUUAUUAAAGUGGAAAAAAUGGAUCAGCCAAGCUAGAAACACCCUUUAUCGAUCCAUCCCUCGGUGCAAAGUCUAAAAAGACUCAAAUUAAAAAUGAAAUUUGAAGAAAAAGUCACAUUUAAGAAGCAGAAACUGGAGUCAAUUUGACUCCUGUGCUCGAUUUGACACUGGAGUAAGUAUUAGAUUCAAACAUGUUAUGUCUAUGUCCCAUUUCCCAAGUUUUGGAGCGUUAGUUCGGGAAGUUGAUCAACUUUAGGACCGACUGUGAUUUGAGCUGCAAAGACAAAAACUCAAAUCUAAAAAUCAUCAUCGUAGCUCCGAUUGAAAGGCGCACCAAAACAAAAGGAGACUUUUAAAAAAAAGUCACAUUUAAGAAGCAGAAACUGGAGUUAAUUUGAAUUCUCUGCUUGAAUAAUCACCCGAUUUGGUGCUGGAGUAAGUCCCCCUGUAGUAGAAACAAAAGACAGAGAUUUGUUUUAAGAGCCUAAACGUGAUCAUGUCCUACAAGAAGAAACUCUAAAGAGAUCAUUCUGAGGAUUCGAUGAUCCAUCAACCAUGUUUUUCUGUCUUUACAAGGUCAGGAAAUUGUAAAAUACGGUCUCCAUCAUCUUAUUAAAGUGGAAAAAAUGGAUCAGCCAAGCUAGAAACACGCUUUGUGGAUCCAUCUCUUGGUGCAAAGUUUAAAAAGACUCAAAUUAAAAAUGAUAUUUGAAGAAAAAGUCAUUUUUAAGAAGCAGAAACUGGAGUUAAUUUGACUCCUCUGCUUGAAUAAUCCCUCGAUUUGGGGCUGGAGUAAGUCGCCCUGUAGUAGAAACACUAGACAGGGAUUUGUUUUAAGAGCCUAAAUAUGAUCAUGUCCUACAAGAAGAAGGAUUCUGUGAUCCAUCAACAUGUUUUUCUGUCUUUACAAGGUCAGGAAAUGGUAAAACAUGGUCUCCAUUACCCUUAAAACGUAAAAUACUCUUUGUGGAUCCAUCUCUCGGUGAACAGUCCAAAAAGACUCAAAUUAAAAAUGAUAUUUGAAGAAAAUGUCACAUUUAGGAAGCAGAAACUGGAGUUCAUUUGACUCCUGUGCUUGAAUAAUCACCCGAUUUGAAGCUGGAGUAAGACAGGGAUUUGUUUUGAGAGCCUAAAUGGAUCAUGUCUUACAAGAAGAAGGAUUCUGUGAUCCAUCAACCAGUUUUUCUGUCUUUACAAGGUCAGGAAAUCGUAAAACCGGGUCUCCAUGAUCUUUUGAACAUGCUUUGUGGAUCCAUCUUGGUGCAAAGUCCAAAUUAAAAAUGAUAUUUGUAGAAAAAGUCACAUUUAAGAAGCAGAAACUGGAGUUUUUUUAACUUCUGUGAUUGAAUUAUCACCUGAUUUGGUGCUGGAGUAAGUCACCCUGUAGUAGAAACACGAGACAGGGAUUUGUUUAGGAGCCUAAACGUGAUCAUGUCUUACAAGAAGAAACUAUAAAGAGAUCAUUCUGAGGAUUUGAUGAUCCAUCAACAUGUUUUUCUGUCUUUACAAAGUCAGGAAAUCGUAAAACCGGGUCUCCAUCAUCCUUUCAAGUGGAGGCUUACAUCAUUUAACACGCUUUGUGGAUCCAUCUCGGUGCAAAGUCCAAAUUAAAAAUGACAUUUGAAGAAAAAGUCACAUUUAAGGAGGAGAAACUGGAGUUAAUUUGACUCCUGUGCUUGAAUAAUCACAUGGUUUGACGCUGGAGUAAGUCGCCCUGUAGUGGAUUCAAACACGUUACAUCUGUGUCUCGUUUCUCAAUGUUAGAGCGUUAGUUUGGGAAAUUUAGAAACUUUAGGACCUACUUGGAUUUGAGCUGCAAAGACAAAAACUGAAAUCAGAAAAUUGUCACCGUAGCUCUGAAGGAAGCCGUCUGUUCCUCCCAGGUGUGUCUGAUCCUCUAAAGACAGAUUUGAUUUGAGCGCUUCUUAAAGAAACAGGAUCCUCCUCCUCCUCCAGGACGAGUGGAAGCAGCGGUUUUUCAGGAGGGGUGUGAGGACUGACGAGGACCCAGACUGGAGGGGAGAGGGUU